AGCCAAGCCGCACAGGUCCAGACCUAACCUCUGCUUCAGAAUCAAGCUGUACGUUUUUAGUUGCUGGAAGAGCUUCUAGAAACAGGAAUGACAGUCAGCGUGUUUCUGGCUCUAUUGCUCCCCCUGCUGGUUGGGAGCACCUCAGCUUCUCAGGAACUGUUCCCGACAGACUGCUCUGAUGUCUACACUAACGGACAAAACCUGAGUGGAGUUUACACCAUCUACCCUGCAGGUGACACACCUGUACAGGUGUUCUGUGACAUGGGCAAUAAUGGACAAACAAAGGAUGGAAACUGGACGGUGUUUCAGAGGAGAAUGGAUGGCAGUGUGAACUUCUACAGACCAUGGGAGCAGUACAAGAAUGGAUUUGGGAACAAAAAUGGAGAAUACUGGCUGGGAUUGGAGAAUGUCUACCAGCUCAUCAGCAAGAGAAAGUAUGAGCUGAGAGUGGACCUGGAGGACUUUGAGGGAGGAAAGGUUUACGCCCAGUACUCUACUUUCUCUGUGGACUCUGAAGUCAACGGCUACAAACUCACCGUUGGUGGAUUCGUUAGUGGAGGAGCAGGUGACUCACUGGCAUACCACAAUGGACAGAAGUUCUCCACCUUCGACAGAGACCAGGACACUGAUGUCAAUAGAAACUGUGCUAAAACCUACCUCGGAGCAUUUUGGUACAAUAUUUGCCAUUCUACUAACCUCAAUGGUAUCUAUCUGUGGGGACGGGACGGCACGAUUUAUGCUAUUGGAAAUGUGUGGUAUGACUGGAAAGGCAUUGACUAUGGUCUGAAGUCCAUCACUAUGAAGAUCAGGCCUGUGCCUUAGGCCCAUUUGAUGGGCUUCUCUUGCUAAAAUCUGACAAGAGAUUUGUAUUUGCUUUUUUCUUUUUAGCAUGUAAUCUUUACAGAGAGAUGCAAAGUUUAAGUAUUUUAGUAGAAGAAUUCUGUUAUUCAAAUUUGUGCAUGUAUUAUUCAACACAUCAAUUUUAAUAAAACUUGCUGUAGAACCGCAAA